ACGUAACGAACUGAAAAAACCCACCAAUAUCUUCAACAAAAUGAGAAAACCGGAGCAUUCUACGAACGCCAAUGUCAACGUCACAAUCAGCAACAGCGAUACGAUGAAUAAGGGGCUGUGGACACCAGAGGAGGACGCGAAGCUGAUGAAGUACAUGUUGACAAACGGCCAGGAAUGUUGGAGCCACGUGGCGAAAAACGCCGGCCUCCAAAGGUGUGGGAAGAGCUGUCGCCUCCGUUGGAUCAACUAUCUCCGCCCUGAUCUCAAGCGUGGCUCCUUCUCUCCCGAUGAAGAACAUCUCAUCAUUCGAUUGCAUUCAAUACUUGGCAACAGGUGGUCUCAAAUUGCAGCUAGAUUGCCAGGUCGGACCGACAAUGAAAUCAAGAACUUUUGGAACUCGAAAAUCAAGAAAAGGAUAAAGAACAUGUCGAAGACAAAUAUUACGAACUUGUCCCCAUCACCAAAAGCGAGCGGCUCUUUGUCUUCACCGUCUUCGUCUUCCUCAUCUUUGGAGCUCAAAGACAUCAUCGGAACCUUCAUGUCCUUACAAGAGCAAGGAUUCAACAACACAUCAUCAUCAUCUAUGUCUUUGUGCCGCAUAACCAACCCAUUUCCCAUGCUCCACCAUCACCAUAGCUGUAGCCAGGUAUCUGAUGACGGUUUUGGCCCAUUUGGUGAAGGUUUCUAUGGAGUUAACUCAGGGCCACAAGGGGAAUUUCACUUUCCUACUUUGGAAAAUAAUGUGGGAUUCAAAGCCAUUAGUAAUUGGUAUAAAGCAGAUACAAGUGAUUUUGGCUUCGCUGACAACAACUUAGACGACAGUAUUAGCAGAGUAGAAGAGUCAGAUAAUCGAGGAGGAAACCUUUGGAGUGGAUUGGAGGGUAUGAGAACGGAAGAAUGUUAUUGGGAUCUUGAGGAGUUGAUGAACCACGCCGAGCCUUCAUUUUCUUUCAACCCCAAACCAAACAAAUGACCCUUUUUUUCUUUUCUUUUUCUUUAAUUUUCUUGUCCAAAGAUAGAUACAUAGGAUUACUAAUUAGCCCACAGAUGAAACACACG